AUGUACGCUCACCGUGCCAUCAAAUUUAACCCACAACAGGUGCCACCGGCAAGUCCGGCCCGCAAAACUAACCUUCAGGUGUCGAAGGAAUUGGCAACUGAGUUUUGCAACAACACCUCCAUUCAUGGGGUCAAAUAUUUCGUCGGAAGUGAUCGGGCGAUCGUGGAGAAAGUUUGGUGGAUCGUGGUGUUUCUGGUUUCUUUGUACGGAUGCGGUCGAUUGAUUCACACGGUUUACAUGAAGUGGGAAAGCGAACCGGUGAUUGUGACCUUUGCUCAGAAACCCACACCGGUGUUCCAGAUACCUUUUCCGGCCGUGACGAUCUGUCCGGAAACUAAAACCAAAACUGACGAUUUCAACUUCACAUAUACGAUACGGCAGGUGGAAACAAUAAUAUCGGACAAGAAACUGGAAGAUUUACAGAAAUAUCCCAAAGAUGAACUCAACAAACUACUGGCAAUGAUGCAAAUCUGUGAUUUCGAAAUGACCGCCGGUGUAGAUAAAUUCAACCAAAUUUACGAUUCGGACUGCGUCGAAUUGCUGCGAAACAUGUCCGUUCCACAGGACGAGGUGUUCAUAACGUGCAACUGGCGUACCGAGAUCAUCAACUGUACGGAUCGAUACAGAUUGACGCUAACCGAUGUGGGUUUUUGCUACACCUUCAACACAAUCGCUGGCGAGGAUCUGAUGCGAGAGGAUCAGCUGCAGAGAGAGUUCCAGUACAUCACGGAAACACGCUCUUCGUCCAACUGGUCGAUGGAAGAUGGAUACGUUUCGGGACUGGACAUUCACACCUACCCGCACAGGAUUAUUGGCGCCGGUAUCAAGGCCGGGAUUGCGGUGAUGCUGAAGGCUAACGAAAGUGAUCUGGACUACCUUUGUGGAAACUCUUUCCAGGGAUUCAAGGUACUUUUGCACAUGCCAAACGAGUAUCCACAGCUGUUGAACCAGCAUUUUCGGGUCCCUUUGAAUCAGGAAGUAGCCGUAUCGGUGACACCAAGGAUGAUCAUAACUUCCGACAAAAUCAAAACUUACAAGCCCGACCGCCGUCAGUGUUAUUUCAACCAUGAACGUUACCUCAAGUUCUUCAAAGUUUACACCCAAACCAAUUGUGAACUUGAGUGUCUGGCCAAUUUUACCCUAAAACGGUGCAAUUGCGUCAAAUUUUCUAUGCCACGUGCCCCGGGCGUUAAUAUCUGUGGCAUCAGUAAUGAAAUUUGCUACCAAAAUGCAACGAUCGAGCUGUUGGAACUGGAAGUGAAAAUCCGGGAGAAUCCAAAAAUGACUCAUCCAGAUGAUUGUCACUGUUUGCCGUCCUGUACUUCGGUCAUGUACAACACCGAAAUAUCGCAGGCUACGUUCGAAUGGAAACGACUUCUCCCCGUUUUCAAGCAAUACAAGGAUGAGUUGGAUGGGGUUCAAGUAUCGCACCUGCUGGUUUUCUUUAAAGACGCCCAAUUUAUUCCCGUCAAGCGGAACGAGCUGUUUGGUCUAUCGGACUUUUUGGCCAACUGUGGAGGUUUACUGGGUCUCUUCAUGGGCGUUAGCCUCUUAAGUUUGGUAGAGAUAAUCUAUUACUGUGCCAUUAAGCCACUGGUAAUGUGGAUUCGGCCUCAGCACGAGCGUCAGGCAAGAAAAAAUACGGUGAAGCCUGUUGAAGCCAUAGCUUAUCCGAAAACGAAUCUAGCGGCACCAGAAUAUUUCGUUAAGGAACCAAUCGGAGUUUGGAAGAUGCCAGUUAUUCCUAGGAAAGAUUAUUGAAAAAAAAAAAAUGGAAAUACUUACAAUAAGGGCGUUGUGAUCGCCUUAUAGCUUUAA